AAGAGCCCUUCAUUACAUAUCGAGCUGUCUCAGCUGGCCCCAGCAGACUUCAGACUUAAACCAACUCUUACACAUCUAUAACACCCAUCAUCUCAAAGAACCAACACGUACAACAUGAGCAAUCAAGUUGACUCAGCUGAACCGUUCGACUUCAUCGUCGUCGGAGGAGGCACUGCCGGAUGCGCCGUCGCCGGCCGUCUAGCGGAGUCGCCCAAAGUCCGCGUCUUGGUUAUCGAGGCCGGUAUUGGUAACCCGAAAGACAUUGACGCUAUCACGACGCCCGCUCGAGCUUUCGAGCUGCGUGACAGUAAGUAUGACUGGGCCUACAAGACCACCAUGAUCGACCGCCCAGAGUAUACGCGUGUUGAGAAACCGAAUACUCGUGGUAAGACCCUAGGUGGUUCUAGUUGUCUCAACUAUUACACAUGGAUCCCCGGCUCGGCUGGCACCUUCGACGACUGGGCGCCGUACGGCGGCGACGAGUGGAAGUGGGACAACAUCCGGAAGUACUUGUACAAGCCGGCCACCUACCAUGACGACAGAGGUCUCUACAGCGAGGAGCUGAAGUACAUCGGCACCGACGGGCCUGUGCCUGUAUCUCAUUCCGAUCUCGUGCCUGAGAUUCAGCCUUUCCGAGAUGCCCUAACAAAGGCCUGGGUAAGCAAAGGGGGAAAGCUGACCGACGACGUCCACAACGGCACCAUGCGCGGACUGUGGAAAUGCACCAAUAGCAUUUACAACGGCAAGCGUUCUUCGAGUUGGAUGUACCUCGAGGGCAAGACCAACGUCACCGUGCUCUCGGGUACCAACUCCAAGCGCUUGCUCAUCGACCCCGCCACGAAGAAAUGUACCGGUGUAGAAGUCAUUCUGCCUUCAGGUGAGACGCACAGCUUCACAUCUAAGUACGAGACUAUCGUUUCGUCCGGUGUCUUCGAGAGUCCCAAGCUGCUCAUGUUGAGCGGGAUCGGGCCUAAGGCUGCACUCGCCAAGUUCAACAUUGAGACCAUCGUCGACUCAGCUCAUGUAGGUCAAAAUCUGCUAGACCACCCCAUCCUUCCUCACGUCUUCCGCCUUGAAGACGGGACCGGGUUGGAUCACCAUCUUUUGAGGGCCGGUCUUGAGCACGACGCGGCCGUCAGCGCCUAUAGAUGGAAGAACUCGGGGCCAUACACCUCGGGCUUGCUCGAAAUGGUCGGUCUUCCGCGUAUCGACGAGCGUCUGAAUAAAUACCCCGAGUAUCUCGCCGCCAAGGCUGCGAACGGGGGUCUCGACCCCUUCGGCCCGGCAGGCCAGCCACACUUCGAGAUUGACUUCGUGCCGAUGUUCAGCGACGCCUUCCAGUGGCACAUCCCUACGCCGCCUACGGGAGACUACCUCACAGUCAUCGUCGACCUGCUCCGACCGCAAAGCAAAUCCGGCACCGUAGAGCUGAACAGCACAGACCCGCUGGAGCAGCCCAAGAUCAACCUCAACUUCUUCAAAGACGACCUGGAUAUCCUGGCGGUACGCGAAGGUAUCCGCUGGGUGGACGACGUGCUGAUGAACGGCGAGGGCAUGCGCGACAUGAUCCACGAAGAUUACCCUUGGCCCAUGCCUCGAACCUCCGACGCGGCUAUGGAUAAGCUGAUCCUCGAGCGUUCGCAGACGGGCUUCCACCCCUGCGGCACGACUCGCAUGUCGAAGAACGUUGGAGAAGGAGUCGUCGACGGCAAGCUCAAGGUCUUCGGUGUUGACAAGCUUCGUGUCAUCGACGCGUCUGUCAUCCCGGUGAUUCCCGACUGCCGUAUCCAAAAUGCGGUUUAUGCGGUUGCUGAGAAGGGCGCCGAUCUGAUCAAGGCUGAAUACCCGGAGCUAUUCGCGUAAACCUUUCCGGGCUCUCACGUAUUAGCGAUGGGAUACCUCUCCCAGGUAUAUUGAAUGACGUUUCUGGUUUCAUCAUUAUUUGGAUGUUUGUUUUUUAUUACUCUAAAGUAAUUGGAUGGUGAACAUGGUGAGAUUAAAGGGAGUGGAAGAUCCCGGAGGGUUUGAGUUUAGUUAGCCAUUUAUUAUUUUAGAGGGUAUUACGUACAAUUCAAUUCCUUUAUCCAUGCUUGU